CGCGCGCACCGCCGUCCUCUCCCGCCGGUGGCGCGGCCUGUGGGCCCGCCUCCGCCGGAUCGUCUUCCGCGAGGUCGCGCUCCCUUCUCUCGAAGCGGCGCUCGGCCGCGUCCCUCGUCCCCCUCCCGCUGUUUGCCUCCUCGACAUCCGCGUCCCCGACAAGAAGCAGCCGCGCAGGCGCGUCCCCAAGGAGCACCGCCACUGGGCAGACGUCGCCCGCGUCAACUCCCUGCUCGAGCCGGAGAAGCUCAUCUUCUACCUUCCUUUCAGCUUAACGGACGGUCCCCUCGUCCUCGACCUGCCUUGAGCUUCGACCGAGCCACCUUCAUCGUGCGGAACCUUUCCUCCGUCAUCCGCUCCGUGCCGGCCGGCCUCGAAUUCUCUGCACUCAAGACGCUGUUCAUGUUCCACUGCACUGCCGACCUCAACGCCUAGCUCUCCUGCUGCCCGCGCCUGCGCAAGCUCCGCCUCGUCAUCAAUAAUCGCGACCUGACAGUAAACUCGCCGUCGCUGCAGGAGAUUGCUGUAUCCUGCCAAAUUAUUUUUUCAGGACCCGCCUAUUAUUUUUCACAACGAGGCCGGCGACUCUACGCAGGAGAUAGAGAUGCACAUUUGGUUGCUGCCUUCUCUGUUUUGGAGCUACAUCUCACAACAGAGGGCCAUGCUUUUGGAGCAUUUGUGUUUCAUCUCCUCGGGAUGCAUCGGAUUCGUUGUGCUACGCAGAGGCUUAAGGUCGUCCUGCAGAGAUCAGCGAUGAAAGGAGGAUGCCUGCCACCUUCACCUUGUCUUUGCGAGUCUCUAAACUGGAGAUCCCAAACAGUCUCAUUGCCUGCUCUCCAAGAAGUGGAGAUCAACGGCUUCGAAGGAGAGGCAAAUGGUACUGAUUUCUUGAAACUGAUAUUAAAGUGCGCGCCAAUGCUUAAAAGAAUCAUCGUGAAGCUGUCACUGGAGGCCUCGGCACGUAAUGAUGGAUUGGCAAAGAUAUGCAACAUCUUCAAGGCACAUUCUUCCGUGGAAUGUGAUGUUUAUCACAGCUCCGUCUUCUCUAUGGAGAUCAUGCCCUUUUGUCUUGCUUUUGUAGUCGAGUUUAUAAGCUAGCUGUAGUUGGGUCUAAACAGGCUAUGCAUCAGAAUAGGAGCUACCGAAAUAGCAACAGUAGCAAAAUCUAAUGCAAGAAUAAGAAAGAAGGAAUUGGCGGUAUCUGGAUGAUCAAAGGGGUUUUGCUUGCCUGGAAGCUCUGCUGAGAGGGUCUGGUCGUCAGGAGCGUAGUCGUCCUCAGUGGCGUCAGCGGCAGUCUCAGGGUCUAUCGGAGGAGAAUGAGGGGGAAGAAACAAAAAAUACAAAGCAUACAAAUGCAACACUAUGCAUGACAUGGUGAAAUACUAUGCUAGGGGUGAUCUAGUGCAUCACUAAGUGUUUUAGACGAAAGCCAGCUCCGAGAAUUACUGUCUGUGUUGAUCAAGGUGCAAACGUUCCAUGUUCAUUUUGUUAGAGGGGCGUGGCAGA